AUGAAGAAAAUCAAAGUCUUGGGAGUCCAUGGGCCUAACGCUGGCAAGGUCAUUCUCCUUUGCGAGGAGCUCGGACUCCCAUACGAGACGGAAAUCAUCCCCCUCAACGACGUCAAGAACCCCAAGUACGUUGCCAUUAACCCGAAUGGCCGGCUGCCGUCCAUCCAGGAUCCCAACACAGACCUCACACUGUGGGAGUCGGGCGCAAUCAUCGAGUACUUGACGGACAAGUACGACAAAGCUCACAAGCUCAGCUUCGAGCCGGGCACAGCUGCGGCCUACUACGCUCGUCAGUGGCUUUUCUAUCAGACAACUGGCCAGGGACCGUACUACGGGCAGGCGAUGUGGUUUCUCAUCUAUCAGCCACUUCCCGAGGCGCGCGAGCGCUAUGUCAAGGAGGUCAAUCGCGUGACCUCUGUUCUGGAGGGACACCUGGCAAAGCAGACCCCGGACGCGGACGGGAAUUAUUGGUUCUUGGACGGGCGGAUCUCGUACGUGGAUAUCGCCUUUUUCACAUGGCAGCACACAGCCUCGCCGCGAAUUCCGGAUGCCGAGUUCAAUCAGGAUGACUAUCCGCACGUCAAGAAGUGGUACGACAACAUGCUUGCGCGCCCGAGUGUGCAGAAGGUUCUGAAGCUUCAAGAGACCAAUCAGGUUGCAGUGAGUCAUUGUUAG